GUGUGUGUGUGUGUGAGAUGAAAAAACAGAAGUCCCUGUACCCGCCUGUACAGCAUGUCGAGCCUCCCCGCUUCUUAAAGGACGAACAAUAUGUGGAUGGUAUGGACAAUGAGGUCGCAGUAGGAGGGCAUAGCUUCACGGGCAGUGACAGACACCACCUUGUGUGCCUGUGUGUGUGCAGUGUGUGUCCAUGCAGGUGAAAAUAUAGUGUUUCUGAAUUGUCUGCCUGUGUGUGUGUGAGAGUGUGGGAUCAUGCCGGGUUGUGAGAACACCUUGGGGGUGCGACGCUUGCUCACCUUUGCUACGGGUCUUGUGGAGUGUCUGGGUUUCGCUGGAGCUGUGUUCGGAUGGGCUUCACUUGUUUUUGUCCUCAAGACGGAGGGCUUCUUCAGCUCUCUGUGUGUGAACACCACAGGAGUCAAUGCAACGCAUGUCUUAGAUUGCAGUGGACAGGAUGAAAGGUUCUCACUUGUCUUCACCAUCGCUUCCUUUUUGAACAAUUUUCUGACGCUGCCCAAUGGUUUCCUCUUUGACCGGUUUGGCACUACAGUGGCUCGGCUCUUUGGAAUAUUUCUUUACACCAUGGGUACCUUGAUGAUGGCUUUCUCGAGUUCAGUUCUGUCCAACCUGCUCUUUCCAGCUCUCUCCCUCCUGGCAGUUGGUGGCAUCUUGUUUCUGGUGACCAACAUGCAGGUAGGAAACCUGUUCGGCUCACGGCGCUCCACUAUUAUCACUCUUUAUAAUGGGGCUUUUGACUCUUCCUCAGCGCUCUUUCUCAUCAUCAAGUUGUUACAUGAGUCUGGUAUCUCUCUUCGGGACUCCUUCCUCUUUCUGUCCGCCUGCAGCGCCAUUCACCUGCUCAGGACUUUCUUCUUAAUGCCCAGAAAAUUCAUUCCCUACCCGCUGCCUGAUCACUACACAUACGGGAUAACCUGUGGUAAAUCAAAGACUCCGAGCGCCAUAGUUGCAGCGAAUGGUGAUGCACAAGAGACGGCAGAGGACAGGCCAACUGACACGGAUGGAAAACAAGAGAAGAGUUUCCGUGAGUGUGUUCUGUCCAGGUUCUUUAUGUGGCACCUGCUCUGGUUGUCGGUGAUGCAGCUCAGACAUUACCUGUUUAUUGGCACACUGAACCCCAUGCUGCACAGGCUGACUGCAGGAGAGCCCUCUCUGGUGAGCCGGUACAUCAAUGCCUUUGCUUUCACCCAGCUGUGUGGGGUGCUGUGCGCCCCCUGGAAUGGCCUCAUCAUGGACAGACUCAAGGGCAAACCCCGUGCAGAAGGAGAGAGUGAAGGUGAGGUAGACCUGCGGGCCUCGGUGCUUUCUCUCUUCCUGACAGCUGUGCAGUGUUUGUUGUUCUCAAUUUGUGCCGCCACCCCGUACCUGCAGCUUCAGUACUUCACCUUCAUCCUGCAGGUGGUCAACCGCUCCUUCCUCUACGGCGGCAACGCAGCCUUCAUUAGUUUGGCUUUCCCGUCAUGUCACUUUGGGAAGCUGUAUGGUCUGAUCAUGGCUCUGUCUGCAGUGUUUUCACUGCUGCAGUAUCCCUUCUUUGCUCUGGUGAAAGGACCUCUGGACGGGGACCCUCUAUAUGUGAACGUUGGUCUGACGCUGCUCAGCCUGUUCGCCUUCAUCCAUCCCCUGUCUGUCUACCUGCACUGUCGAAGUGUUGCCUCCCAGCGGGCCAAAAGCGGAGCUGUCGCUGCUUCCUAGUAGCGUCUGUAAAAUGAGACCAAUGACUCGCACUUAAAACUCCCCUCAUAUCACCAGUUACACUGUUACCUCUUCUUUGUGUGUUUAUGUCUGUGUUGCUGCAUGUAUUCCAUCUGGAACAUGAAACGUAAAGGUAAUGUCAAACUCUUGUGAAUGCAUUACAGAUUUUAGUAAAGCAUGAUUCUGGGUGCAGCAUUCACCGUACUCUGCAGGCAAGUUCACAGCCAAAUUGAACUUAUCCAUAAUAAUUAAGAGCCUCUGGUGUGCAGCUUGCUCCGUCUGACCCUCUGUAUCACCUCCAGUUCUUGUGAUCAUUUUAUAUUCAUUGUGUGGUCGGAUGCAUAAUUCAGGGUUUUUCAACUGAGCUUUUCCAUAAAGCAUCUCAGGACUUUUUAGCAAGUUUAUAAUUAGGGUAACGAUUUCAGUUGGAAUGAUCAGUUCUACAUUUAUUUUUCAAAGAAAAAUUUCUAAAAUUAAGAUGAUGUGAUUUUUGUUGGGGCUUGUACCAAGCGAGCAUGUUCUCUUACGUUUGGAGAAUAUGAUUUGUAGGCCAGGGCAUCUCUGUAUCCCCACAAUGCUUAUUGUACUAACAAUUCACAACAAUGUUGUGACACAUUUUACCUCUAUCAAAAAAAUUGCAGGUCCUGCGAUUUGGAUAUCGCAUUUAGCCAUAUUGCGAUUUUAAUUAUAUUUUGAUUAAUUGCAUAGCCCUACUCAUUAUGUCCUCUUGCCAUUUUUUAUAUUCUGUCUAAUGCUAGCCGCCCAUCACACCCUGGUUAUGGUGGCAGAGUGCCAAAAGACAAACCACUUUAUUGUAGAAAGCUGAAAAUCUUACAGAUAAUGUUUAUAUCGUGCAGACUUCUUCGGGUUAUCUCUAUCUAUAUAUUUUUUUUUAAUCUUUAAAACAGAGUAAAAGGGCCAACAAUGCUUUGUGUAGUGAAUGUAUAAGGGACAUUUGGGAGCCAAACUCACAAACAUCAGUCUUUGAUGUGCACAGUGUACAUAGAAGAUAGCUCAGGCUCACCUUUGGACAUGAAAACUGUGAAGCCCCACAGCUUUAAUGCAUGAGUUCAUUCAGGUUCAUCAGUGCAGUUCAGUAUCAGUGCUCUGUGAGGGGGAGUGGAGAGGCAGCACAGCUCUGCCCCCUGUUGGACUCUCAGUGGAGCUGUUAGGUACUAACAUCAAUAUUGUACAAAAUGUAAACCAACAUUAAGGUGAUGAAGUUUUGUUUGUUUCCAAUAGCCUCAGGUGUUUGGUGUGUGUGUAGGUCGGUAGCAGAAUUUGUCAUUAAGGAUCCUGUAUUCUGUUUUUCAGUGAAAAUGUGCCAUAGCUAAUGUUGACAUGUAAAGGAUUACAAAGGGAUGUCUGUUGUGCAAUUUUUGUUUUAUUUUUACCAAUAUGUUUAUGUUUUAAGUUGUCUGUGUAUUUUUCUUUAGUGUCAAAUGGAGGUUGAACAUGCUGCAUAUGAACUUUAGCAGUGUAGUAAAGGGCAGCCUUACUUUUUGAGCUUUACUUUUGCCCAAAUAAAAGUCUCAGUUUUCAACUGUUAUGAGAGCUAGUAGGGGCAGUAGAACAUAAACGUGUAAUCUAUUAAACAGAGAAGACUAUGAAGGACACAACUCUUGUGACUGGUUGUAAAAAUAAACAUUAAAGUGAUAUUUAACAGCUAAA